AUGCGCGCCAUGCCCAUCAUUCGCAGCCGCACCGGCUGCUUCACGUGCCGCCGUCGCAAGAAGAAGUGCAACGAGGAGAAGCCUCUUUGCAGCGGCUGUCGACGGAAUCAUCUUGAGUGCACCUGGCCGACCGAGAACAACAAUACGCUGCAGACGCGCGGCAAGAAUCCCUCUUCGGCAGCCAUCUCGAAGCCGGCUGCAAACAAGCCACGGGCCAGCUCUCUCACGGACAAGGAUUUCGACAUGGCCGCCGCCGCCGCCGCCCUUCGGGACUCGACGGCGAGCGACCGCGCGCAUUCGCGUUCCUCCUCGGGGAGCAGCCAUGCUCACACCGACCUGGACAUGAUCGCUGCUGAGCCCGUCGACGCCGAAAUCGUCCGCGACACUUCCUCGCCAAUCAUGCCCGUGUCGCCGGUCCCCUCCCACGCCGCUGAACUCUUUCCCGACAUGUUCUCCGACGCGAGGGCCCUCACAAUUUCCACCAUGAGCCUCAGCGCUGCAACCGCCGCCGCCGACCCGUCCUCGCUCCUCACGCUGUCCCCGCUCUCGCUACUCCCCGACCACGGACGCGAAUCUUCGGACUUGCUCAGCUACUACCUCACUCGCACCGCCAACAGCAUGGGCAACGGCUCCACCGACGUCAAUCCCUUCAUCUCCAAGCUCGUCCCCCUGGCCUUUGCCAAUCCGCUCGUCCUCCAGCUGCUCCUCGCUCAGAGCGCCUCUCAUCGACAGUCUGCCGAGGGAGGUGGCGGCUGCCUCGGCACUGAGGUCGCGCACCACUACUACACCGACUCACUGCGCAUGUUUCGCAACGUUGUCGGCGAGUACGUCGCGGGCAAGGAGGAGAAUACGCUGGCUCUGACCGUCGGCAGCUUGGUUCUCUGUCUGACAGAGGUGGCCAGAGGCGAUGUCCAUGGCACCAUCUUUGACCACCUGCGUGCUUCCGAGUCCAUGCUCAACCUGCUGCUGACCCGACCCAAGUCGGAGAUUCCAAAUGACCUGCCCGACUUUCUUGUCGAGUUCGCCAUCCACAUGACCGUCACCAGCAUCAUGUCCACCGAUCCCAAGCGCGCGCCCCCAGAGCUCAGCCCGCGAAUCGAAGGUCUUGCCCGCAGCCUCAUCUCCAAAGGCUACGUCGGUCAGUUGUCGGGUUGCUGGCUCGAGCUCCUCUUGCUGAUUCCUCACGUCUACCACCUCGGCCACCGCAUCCUUGCCAGCCGUGUGGACGGGAAGCCGACGCCGCAAGCCGACGACAUCAUCACCUUUGGCAUGCUCCAGUCGCAAAUCAUGGCCUUUUUCCCCGACAUGUCCGUCAACCCAUACUCGCGCCUGGCCGGCCUCGUCUUCAAGCAGGGCGUGUUGCUCUACCUCUGGAGUAUCCUCGGAACCACGCACCAGCACUGCGGCGGCAACACGGCCCACCGAAACCUCGUGGCCGGCGCUGUCGCCGACGCCCUGUCCCUGCUGGGUCAGUUCCCCGCGACGCUGCGCAUCAACACCAGCCUGUGCUGGCCUCUCAUCGUCAUUGGGUCCUGCACCACCGAUGCCGAUGCCCAGCGGGUCCUGAGGGAGCGCCUGCAGGCCAUGCACGGCACCAUUGGCCUCGGCAACAUGAAGGAGACGCUGAUCCUGCUGGAGCACAUCUGGACCAAGGCCCCAGAGGACGUGAGCCCCUGGAAACUCUCUGAGGUGAUGCAAGAGCGCCAAGUGUGGAUCUCUUUUGCCUGA